AUGUCGAGCUUUCGCGUCGCUCGCCUAGUUGUAACCGCGAAGAAGAAGAAGAGGAGCGAGGCCUCCUCUGCGCCCGGAGGGAGGCGGUGCCCGCGGCCAGGAGCAGGAUGCCGAGGCGCUGCGGGUGAGGCUCGAGCUCCCUCCGUUUCUUGGCUGCGGAUACAGCGCCCCGAGCCGCCCUUCCCACCCGCCGCCCCUGCCCAGAAGCCUCGUUUCGCGGGCUCGGGAACUGAGGAAACCCCGCCCUCGGGCGCCGGGAGGCCCGGGAGCGCCCGUCUCCGCUUCCCUCCGGCAGCGUUUGGGCGCCUCGGGCCGCGAGCGGGGAGGGAGGAGAGACGGCGUCGUGGCGGCGGUUCUCCUCGAGGGGCUCCGGGUGGGUGUGGCGCUGCUGGGCGCGGCCCCGUGAGCUCUGGGACCUCGGAGAGAAGGGGGGCGCGGCGGGGCUGCCUUUCGCUCCGGAGUCCAGAGCGCAGCUUGGCAGGUGCCAGCCCCCCAAGGGGUCCGGCUGCCCUGCCGCUCUCUGCGGUUUCUUGUUGAUUUGGGGCCGGGUCUUCCGAUUCUCCUCCCCUUUCUCACGAGCACGCUCUGUUUCAAAACCGAGUUUGGAAAGUAAAGCUGUUGCCCUGCUCUGUGGGGCCUAAGUGGCUGACAACAACAGAUACCCGUUCGCGGUACCUCUUGUGCUAAAGCGAGGGUCAGAAAACCCAAGCACGUUCCAACCUCGAAAGGACUUUGAGCCACUUGUUUAUCUGUUUCGUCAAAUAUAUAUAUGUAUACCGCUUUGUUGUGUAAAAAAAAAAAGCGCACAGACACACAAACAACCUCAAAGCGGUUUACAAAAACACUUGUGUCCCAUAUUAUUUUGAAGUGCUGGAUUCUCCUGUGAUGUCAACGUAGGAGGAGGCUGGGGUUGGUGUAACUGUUCAGCCACCCAAAAGAGUGUUGUAAUUACUUGUUUUUAACAAAAGAUCAGUUUGAUAAUAGAUAUAUCAAACAUGCUUUUCUUUACAUGCUCACUGUGGUGAAAUAGUGAGGAGAGGAUUGCCUUUUUCUAGAAUUACAUGUUAGCGAAUGGUUGAAACAUUUGUUUUAAGGAGCUUCUUUCUGCUUGUUUGUUUUUGUGUAAAAAAUAGGUACCUAGGAUGUGAUAUCCUUUUACUUUUGUUAGGUAAAAAAAAGUUUUGCCUCGGAUUUAUUAUGAGCAUGUGAUAUUUGGUUGCUCAUGAAUCUCAGUUAUUCUAUAUAUAACUUCUAGAAGUUUGCAAAAAUGAACUGCAAAGUAAAUAAGACUUUUACAGAGUGUGCCGUGGUCUUGCAGUUCUUACAUCUGGCAUUCUCAUUAUGAUUUUGCCUUGUAUUCCUAGGAGUCUGUUGUAUCCCUGCGUAUCUGUUUUAGGAAAUUAAAGCAUUUGGUCUAUUUACUAUUUGGCAGUGAUUAAAAGAAUUUGUAAGCUAAACUACUAUUUCUCAGUCCUUAAAGUACAUGUUAGUAAGUCCUUAUUUAAAAUACAUAUAUUUAAAACUAACAUGGCAAAUUGCAGCUUAAAUUGUAGUAGUUUCUAAACCACAUGUAUAAUUUAGGAAGUGUGUUCCAUGUUCAACUUUUUAGAUGCUCUUCCGAUUAACAGUUUAUUAAAACUUGCUGUACCCUGUUAUUUUCUGGAUGGCUUAACAUGAAUAGCCAAGCAAUUCAUGAGCAGGUGCUGCAUUUUGGUCUACAAGGUUUUAAUAUAGCAGAUGCAUUGUGGUUGACUGUAACUGCAUUUUGUGUAUUACAGUUUCUGUUCACAUAGUAAGUAUAUUCACAGGGGACUAAGUAAAUUUGCCUUCUUGUUACAAUAGUGCUUGUGGUUGUGCAAUUUUGGUCUUGGUAUCUGUACAGAUCUUGGUGCAUAGCUGUUAGCAAUUUAUUAAAAGUAAAAGAAAAGCCCAAUCUUGAGUAUUUCAUCCAAUGUUGAUUAUUUCAUACUAAUACAGUACAACGUUUUUAAAUUUGUUUAUCAGAAACUCUCCAAAUAAGUGGAUCUGCCUUCUUGGAUGCUGAGCUAAAGAACGUUAUCAUGGGCCAGCAGCUCUCAAGCCAGACACACUCUGCUAUUAAUAAGCUGCCAGAAAAAGUAGUCAAACAUGUAUCCCUGGUUCGAGAAAGUGGUUUCUUGACAUAUGAAGAAUUUUUGGGGAGGGUAGCUGAAAUGAAUGACACGUAAGGCUUUUUCAGUUUAUUCUUUUGCAUUUAAGAUGAGUCAGUAUUUGAAAGAACAUCCUCCUUAACACUACAGGCAACUCCUUGUUUGCGCAUAUUUGGAACAUGCCUGACCACCCACACAUGUGCCAUUUUUGGCUGUGGAAUGACCGACAUGUGCAAUGACCCAAAAUGCAACCCCUGCACAAAUGGGAAGUUGCCUGUAUUCCAAAAUGAAUGUGUUAGCUGUUUCUGGUGGUGGUGGGAAACCUAAUGAAAGAUAUACAUCAGAUGUUCUAUUCAGUGCUAGAUAGUUCUGUCUCUUUGAUUGUAGAUGAGUAAAAUAUAGUCUAGCAGUUACAUUAACGUUGAAAUGUGCAUGUUUAUAAAAUUCCACAUGGAUAGCCAUUUUAGUAUGUUGCAGAGAGGGAAAGCAUUGUGGUAUCUAACAAUAAUGUAGUGGUAUAAGUUAGUGUUGGCUACAACCCACCUUAUGAAGUGUAUGUUCAUAAAGUAUUUUAGCCAGCAUAUGUGUAGCGGGAAGAAGAACUAAUUUCUUUGGCAAGGUAUUAUAUAUGCAGCUGCCAUCACAGUUUACAGUACUGGGUUAGAUGGACCAAUAAUCUGUAAGGUAGCUCCAUAUAUUCAUAUUCUUUAAUUGCAUUAAAAUAUAUGCCCUCUGUAGGGGCACAGAUGAGGAUGAGAGAUAGGAGACAUAGGUAAUGUGUUAUCUUAGGAAUCCCAAGCUGAGGAAGAUUUAUGAAAGCUACAUCGUCAUUUUAUUGUGUAUUAAAAUAUAGAUGGUAGUUGUACAUCCUCAAGGAUGUCUGUUUCUUGUGUAUGUACUAGAAUUGGAUCUCUAGAUUAAAGUGUAGAAUAGUGGCUGUUCUCAUUUUUAAUCUAGAUUGAAUUGUGCUUUACAAAUUUAUUUCAUACUGUGAAAUAAAUGGAUGUUAAAUAAUUUCAGAACUGCCAAGUUGGGUUCUGGCCAGGACAAGCACCUGUUAUUUGAAGUACAGCCAGGUUCAGACUCCACUGCUCUCUGGAAGGUAGCUGUUCGAGUAGUGUGUACUAAGGUAAGUUUGUAGAAUGGUAAAAUUUCUGUAAAUGUUGAUGCCGGGGGGUGGGGGUAGCAUUUCUCCUAUAUCUUUGGUAGGGGUGGAACAGAUAUUUUUGGAAAAUUGAAUUUAUUUCUUUUUCAAUACUUGUUUUUUAAAGUGCUCUUUACAUAUCAAAAGUUACUUUGUUACUUUAGGAACAUAAAAUGCGUCGUGUAUAACUUGGUUUCCAUAGAAUGUUGGGUAUAUUAAAAGCACUGUUUAUUCAGACAAUAAUUGCAAAUUGAAUUUAUUUUUUAAGUUUUUGUUACAAAUGGAGUUACAAACUGCUGAACUGCAAGGAAUCUAGUAUCUCUUUGGUUCUGCCAGCUUAGGAGGAGGUGGCAAAAAACAAACAAACCCAGAAACCAUCAUUAUAGUAAAACAAAUUAUUACAUAUUCAGAAAAUUAUUAUGUCUUCUCCAGUCCUCAGUAGUGUCAGGCAAACAUAAAAAGAGGUGAGGGGGAACAAAAUUCAAACGAACAGUACAUGAAAUUUAAUCUGUCUCUUUUUCUAAGACUUCCCUGUCAGUUUCUGUUUCUUCAUAUUUGUCAUCCUAUUUAUCAUGGAUUUCUAAAAACUGAAAGUUUGCCAUAGCUGCUACAAGUUUCUACGCUUUCACAUGUCAAUGUAUUUCUUGAUUUGAUGUGAGUGUUUCCAAACAGAUCAGUUUCUUUCACAUGCUGCAGAAGAUGGAGAAAUCUUAAGUAGAUAAGAAGCAAUAGGCAUCAGAGGCUGUGUUGUGCAAAGGCCUUGUUUGCGGGAGGGAUAUGCUUGGCAGAAUCCCUUAUUACAUUCCUUGGCCAAAUACCUGAAUUUAUUAUUAUUAUUAUUAUUAUUAUUAUUAUUAUUAUUAACAUUUGCUUAUAUAGCACCAUCUGUGUACAUGGCUCUGAACACAUUUAAGAUAGGAAUUUUUACUGGGGGUGGGGCUCAUACGAUCUAAAACAAUAUAAACAAUACAAUAAAAUCAGUAGAGCAGCAUCACAAAAUCCAAGGUCAUUAAGGGAACCCAGUAAAAGAGUACAAUCAAUCACGUCAAAGGCCACAAAAAAAUCAAGAAGAAUAAAGAUGGAACGUAAACCCUUUGAUUUGGUAACAAGAAUGUCAUUAGUAUGCUUCAUAAGUCAUCUCAGUAGAGAAUAAAAUCAAGGGUCAAACUAAAAUAAAGAAAACCCAGACAGAAAGAAUAGACAACACACUCCAAGAGUUUAGAAGCAAAAGGCAGCAAAGAGAUGGGACAAUAACUAGAAAGAGAAGAAUCAGUAGAUUAUUUUUUUUAAGAAUAGGAGAAGCUGUAGCAUGUUUGCAUAUUAGAGUGAAUGAGCCAGAAGAAAGAGACAUAGUAGUCAGAAGACAAGAUGGAACCAGAUCAAGAGGACAAGAAGCAGGAUUGGAAGAGUCCAGCACACUGGACAGCUCCUCUACAGAAGAGGAAACAGUUGAAAGACUAAAGAAAGGGGAAGGAGCCCAUAAAACCACCAUAGGAAAGGAACAGAAACAGCAAAACCAGUAUGAACAGUGUGAAUUUUACUAUCUCAAAAGGCAGCAAAAUCCUGAGCUGAGAGGGAAGGAGGAAGAGGCAGUGGCGUCAUGUGGGGAGGGCCAGAGGGGCAGUGGCCCCAGGUCUCGCCAGCCCCUAAAUAAAACAUUUCAAAAACAAAAAAAACUACGGUGGUGGGGCAGGGAGGGUUAAGAAAAAAGGUAUCCAGAUUCUCCCCACCCCACUCCCGGAAGUCACAUCUCUGUAAGUAUGUGAAAGUUGUUAAUUCUCUGAUUCAUCUCAAAAUAUAUUGAGAACUCAAUAUAUUUUGGUUGGACUUUGGUCCCAUACGUAACUACUUUUAAAGUCUCGGUGUUGUGUUGUUUAAUGCAACCUUUACAGUCAUUCACCCAAGUCACUAAAAGGGAAACUAUAUGGAUGGCCUUUCAAAUGACAGGGUCAUUGUGAGCAUUCUUAAGCCACCCACAGUGUGAGAAAUCUCUGAUCUUUGUACCAUCUUUGAACUCUCUGUUUAUGUCCUAGUUGGAGUGUGUAUGUUUAUAAACAAAGAAUGCUGAGCAUAGAUAGUGAGGUGUUGAAGCAAAAAUGGUAAGACUGCUUUCUGUAUGUUUAGAUAAACAAGACAAGUGGUGUUGUCGAAGCAUCAAGAAUCAUGAACUUAUAUCAGUUCAUGCAGCUUUAUAAAGAUGUCACGAGUCAAGCAGCAAGUGUUCUUUCGCAGAACAUUGCCUCAGAAGGAGCUGCCGAGGAUCUGUCAUCUGUUGCAUCUUGUCAGGCCAGCAUUUUGAUGGGAAGGUAUCUCAGUAUUCUAAGAGAUCCAUUUAUGUUUGAAGUUGAGCACACAAAUCUCUUCAGCUCAUUAUGUAUACAUAUUCAAACUCUCUCUCUCAUUCAUAUAUAUAUAUAUAUAUAUAUAUAUAUAUAUAUAUGAAUAUUUUGCAUAGAAUAAAAGUUUAAUGAUUAUGCUAGUAAGUCUUUCAUCUCAACUUGGAUGACAGUACGUCUAAUUAACUAUUACAGUUACAAACUUCUGUUUUGAGCUGUAUGCAAAUAAUACAUUGGUAGGUUGGUACUGCAUUGAAUGAGCACUUGGCAGGCUGUUUCAAAUUUUGUAUAUAAUCUUGAGAUAGAGACAUGUUCUUCCUGCAAAGAGCUUGUAUAAUGAAAAUCAUCUGUUUUGCAACAGAAGCAAAUCUAUUUGCCAUGUAAACUGGCUAUCCUUUUUGAAACAUUGCUUGAAGCAUAGUCUUUCUCCAGAUAUUAUCUCUUUCCACUUUUACUGAAGGUGAACUCUUGAACAAAUGCACACAUGCUACCUUGAACAGGUUGCAUAAUGUUCUUAUAUUUCCUGUUAAAGACGAGUACAACUACAAAUACAAUGGCAGCAGUGGAACCCUAAGUGUGCCUAUGCUUCUUACCUAUAAAGAGCAGAAUUACUUUUUACUUCACAUAGCAUUACAGAAUCUUUUUCUUUUCAAGUAUGUAUGAAACAGUGCUUUAAACUGGGUUGCAGACUUACGAUGAUCUAAGGUGUUUGUCUGGAAACAAAAUGUAAUGGCUUGAAUAAAAUGGAAGCACUAGGCCACCUAUGGCCUUAAUAACUCUCUGGCAUUGAAUCAGUGGCCAACAGUAGGAACAUGGGGAAACUCUAUUUUUUAAAAAAAACCAAUAAUACUGUUUUUUUAUUUAUUUUCAUGUUACAGAAGAUAAAUUUUGAUAAAACAAUUGUUACAGCAGUAAACAAUAAGUAACCUGUCCUUAUAAAAUUACAUACUUUUAUUAUGCUAUGCUAUGCUAUGUUAUGCUAUGUUAUGCUAUGCUAUGUGUUAAAGUUUCAUUUGAUUACUCUAAGAGAUCACACCACAUUUUCCCAUGAGUGCUGAGUGGAUUCCUGCCACAGUCUGAACAAUUUAUGUAUUCAAUAAACAUUUGCCAUAUGUUAUAAAAGGAAUAUGGAUUGUGCUUGCCCUUUGCCGCUCUCACCUGGCAUGUUAGUUUCUCAGCCAGUGCUAUUGACCAUACUCAAUCAAUGUUCAGCCUAUCACUGGUUUUCCAACAUCUGGCUAUCUCCAUGACUCUAUUUUUUGAAACACUUCCCCCCUCCCUAUUUUAUACAUAGGGGUGGCCAAUGUGGCACCCUCCUGAUCUUAUUGAACUUCAGCUCCCAUCAUCCCUGACUGUUGUCCAUGCUAACUGGGGCUGGCAUGCUGUGGUGGACACUAUUCUGGCUACCCCUGGUCUGGUUUCAGUGAACAGUGUCAUAUAGUGAUAGGCCCACAUGAAUCUUAGGUUUACUGAAAUAUUCUGGAAAGGGGAUGGGUUGUAUCUUGGUGUUAGAGGGCUUGCCUUGAAUGCAACAAGUCACAGGCUCAAUCCCCAGCAUCUCCAGCCAGAACCCAGGGAGGACCCCUUCCUGAAAUUCUUGAGAACCACUGUCAUGAACUAAUGGUCUGAGUCAGGAUAAGGCAGCUUUCUAUGUUCCUAGGAAUCAUUCUUCAAUCCAUAUUCCUUGAGACAUGUAUUCUGUUACUUCCUCUUGCUUCAACUCUUAUGUUUGUUUGAUGUGAUAUGGGUGGUUUCUUUUGUUCAUUGUAUGGUGUUCAGAAUAAAGCAGUCUCUUUGAAUGCCAUAGUUGUCCACCAGUAUAGAACAAGGAACUAAUCCUUGAGCUUUGUGGAGAGGGAAGGCCACAUCAUCUUACGUUCUCCAGGGUGCCCUAGGAUUACACCUUAACUUUUAGUAGUAGCAAGGAUAGAGCUGCGCAUUGCAUUCUGAAUCUAAUUUGAAGAAAUUUUAUUUAAAUCUGAGCAACAGUCAGAACUGUUCUUUCUGGCUGUUUAUGUUUUUUGGCAUGUGAAAGUUGCUUCUUAGGUAGGUCUUCAACUUAAACCCGGAAGACUUGGGGAACUGGUUCAUAAAUGGUAGCCUGUUUUCUAAUGAGUAGACAGCAAGUUACUGGAAUCUGUGCCUAUUUUGUUUUAGAUAUUCAAAGUGAAGAGUGUUUGCUAGUCCUGAGGGAUGGCUAGCUGUUCAAGGUAGUUUUAAUGCCUAGUGGUGCUUAUGGCAAAUGUAAAUAAAACAUCUUUUUAAUCAGGAGCAAUCUAGAGGGAUUCUUGUUUUGAGAAGAGAACUGUUACAUAAAUAACAUUCCUCAACAAUGGAAAAUAUGAAAAUAUAGUAUUCUAACCCUGGGUGUACAUUUCUGCAGCAGUGAUUUACUUUAGCGGCUGUGAGUUUCGUGUGCAGACAUAUCUUGGAGGAUGAAAAAUACCUGAUAUUUAGAUCAAAUAUUCAAAUGGAAAACAGCAGUUGACAUGUGAUCAUAGAAAAAUAAAUACAGAGUACAGAAGAAGUGGGAAUAGAUUCAAGGACAUAAAAUGAAUUUCUUGAUCUCAUGCAACAAAAAUAGGGUGCCAAGAACUUGACUGCUGUAGGAAAAUGUUUUCUUCUGGGCAGAGGAAUAUCAUAAUAUAAUCUUGUGUGCAUACUAUAAUAAUGCUGUUUGUCCUGUGUUUUCAUGCACACGUUAGCUUUACAGUGGUGCCUCGCAAGACGAAAUUAAUCCGUUCCGUGAGUCUCUUCAUCUUGCGGUUUUUUCGUCUUGCGAAGCACGGCUAUUAGCGGCUUAGUGGCUAUUAGCGGCUUAGUGGCUAUUAACGGCUUAGCGGCUAUUAACAGCUUAGCGGCUUUAAAAAAAAGGAAACAAACUCGCAAGAACUCGCAAGACGUUUCGUCUUGCGAAGCAAGCCCAUAGGGAAAUUUGUCUUGUGGAACGACUCAAAAAACGGAAAACUCUUUCGUCUAGCGAGUUUUUCGUCUUGCGAGGCAUUCGUCUUGCGGGGCACCACUGUAUUUUGUGUUCAGAGCUGCAGCAACAAAACUAUACCAGUAGUGAAGCAAACCCCAGUAUUGACAGUUGUCUAGACAUUCUCUUUAUUCUUAGUAGGGAGAAUUACGAUUUUAUCUGUCUCUGCAUUUAAAUGAUGCAUAUAACUACUAGUGCUAAUACUGUUUAAUGGGAGUGCUUUGGCCAACUUGCAUCUUGCAAACAUUUUGUCCCCUAUCCAGAAAGACAGGCCUGAUAAUGCUCUGCAUGGAAGUUGCUGGAACCAGACAGAACACAUUUUCCUGUGUUCAGAUGAAGUAGAACCAAUAGCUAUGCAUGUAUAUAUGCAGAAAUGCAUAAAGAUCAAAGGUGGCUAGCCCACAUGAAUUGUGCCCACUUACAAAUGUGGAGAAGCAUUGAAUCCACCCUUUCUGGGCGAUAUGCUCUGAUUUUUAACACUCAGCAUAUAUUAUGCUGAUUUAUUAUUUAUUUAAAACAUUGGUACCUUGCUCAACGCGACUAACUGCAAAAUCAAACCAUAUAACCAUAAAACAAAACCAUAUAACAAAACCAUAUAACAUCAGUUAUAAAAACAUUAAAACUAAAAACAACUGUAGAAAAGCAAUAACAAUGUACCAGCAAUAAAGAUUAUUCCAAACAAGCAGAAACAUAAAACUAUUUCAGUGAAACAACUAUCUAGAAGCCAAAAGCUGCGUUUACAAAGAUUGGUUUGGAUAGUUUAUGGAAGGCCAUUAAAGAGGAGCGUGAGAUAUACCUCCCUUUGAGAAAGUUCUCUUCUCUAUAAUUGUGCUCCGGAAGCUAGUGGCUUUAUAUGUAUUGGUUUUAUAUUGGAUUUGUUUAUAGAGAGCAGCUGUUUUGUAUGCAACAGGAGAUUGCUGGAUCAGACCAGUUGAGAUAGGCUAGAAAACCUAAAUGUAAUGCAGUAGAUAUUACGUGGCAUAGCCACCCAUGAGCGGGACACCAUAUUAUGAAAUACAAACAUGCACAACAAAAAUAAAAGUUUAUACAGAAGAAACAUGCUGAGCAAUGCCAAAAUAUAAAUUUAUCCCACUUCUAAUUGCUAUGAUUGGGAAUAAUAGUUUUAUCUGUAUUGUAGGGUGAAACAGCUGACUGAUGAGGAAGAAUGUUGCAUCUGCAUGGACGGACGAGCUGAUCUGAUCUUGCCAUGUGCUCACAGCUUUUGUCAGAAAUGCAUUGAUAAAUGGUAAGUUUGUGACACAGGCUCUGAUUGCAUUAUUCUGUGAAGCGGUCCUGUGAAAUUUGACCACUUUCCCUAGAAUAAAUUUGCUGAAAGGCACUGAACUAACACAUCACUAGCUUUGUCUUGUAACAACAAGAAUAGAAACCAUUGAUUUUGGUAGAUAGCAUGAGGUAAGGGAUGUGUUAUGUGGGAGCAACAAGCGAAGUGGAUUUUGGCAAGAAAAUGUGUUCCUUUGUUGGGCAUUCCCUGUUUAAUCUCUUAAAAGAUAAACUCUUCAGGACAAAUGCCUGGCAAGUUGCUAAUGUCAAAUCAAAUUGCUGUUCAUGUCAGCAUCAGUCUGCAUAUAUAUAUUUAAAACAAAGGACUGAAUUCAACUAAACAGUUGCACUAGCUGAAGCCAGUGUGAGUCCUAAUUACACGAUGGAGCUCUGCCCCCACAAUCAGACCAGUGCACGGGGGAAGGGCAGAGCAGAAAUGUGUGCAUUGUCAGUUUGUGCUUUUGCACAGUUUUGACUCCCAAUGUUGACAGUGUUCAGAUAAUGGAGAAACUGCUUCAAACUGGAGCUUUUGCUCUGUUUUGAGUAUGGAGUUACUUCAGAACCUUAAAAAUGAAGGCUUGAAGGUAUUUUGAACUGUGGUUUGUAUCUGUAUAAACUCUACUCAGAAUAGACCCAUUGAAAUUAAGUUAGUCAAGUCCAUUUCUUUCAUACUUUUGAGUAUGACUAAGAUUGAAUACAACCCUUUGAAAUUAUUACAGCACAUUAUACCUAUAUACCUUUAACUAAUGAUGCUUUGUGUAGGAAACAGCUUCUAAGUAUCCAAGAAAUGAUAUGUCUUUAAUAGAAUUGCAGCAGGGAAGAUAGCUUCUGCACUUAGGGCAGCAGCCACCUGUGGUGCAAAGCAGAUGCAGCUUGACUCUAUUCCAAACUAGGCUUGAGCAAAUAGUCAACUAGACGAAAUGCUUUAUGUAAUCUGGUUUCAGGAUUUAAAACCUAAAAUCUUGUGACUUUUUAAAAUAACUAAUGUCUCAUGUUCUAGUCUGUCUAGAUUCCGAAGAUAAACAGGGCUGCCAGUUCCAUUUGAAAACUGAAUGGAAUCUCAGGAAUCUCUAGAGGGCCCCAUUGGAAUAAAAUUUUAAUAAAAACAUUCACGGAACUCUGUUAACAUUUGGGCAUUAGUGAUUUCCAAGAUGAACAUUAAACAGCAUUAUUCUUUCAUACCACAGCACUCUGUUGUUUUACCAGGGAUUUUUUUUAUUUGACUCUGGAAGGGGAUGUUACCAGUCUACCUGACACUGCUAAAUACCUCCUGCAAGAACAUUGUUCAGUUUUGACACAACAGCUUCAGGAUGUUCACAAACUGGGAAGAAUCCACAGUGCUGCCCUUUGAAUUGAAAGAUUUCAAAGGGAGGUCAUAAGAGGAAAAGGGAGGGGGGGACAGGAAAAAAGGAAGUUAAGGGUGUAUAGAUUGACUUUGUGUACCCUAAGCACUGAUUAUAGAAGAAGUAAUGGUUUUAAAUUACAGAAAGGUUGGCUUUGGAUUAAUAAUUGGAGAAGAUCCUAUUUGGGGAAAUUCCCAAUGAUAAAAGCAACAGAAUAUAAUCAGUUAUAGGGGUACUGUUCCUUGGUGGAUUUCAAGAAAAGGCAUGCUAGUCAUGUAUUGAGGAUUGUUUGGAUAUUUCUCUUCUAUGGUAGUUCUAACAUACUGCAGUAAAUCUUCUCUAGUCAUGCCUCUAAUAUUCCAUUCUAACUUAUAAGCAAAGGUAGCAAUGGGUAUUAUUAAUACUUCUUAAACUGUGUGAUACUGACUUUUUUCUUCUGGCUUGUUACACAGGAGUGGUCACCACAGGAAUUGCCCUAUAUGUCGUCUGCAGGUGACUGCAGCCAAUGAUUCUUGGGUGGUAUCAGAUGCACCUACAGAAGAAGAUAUUGCUACCUACAUACUCAACAUGGUAGAUGAGGCAGGCCAGCCUCACAGACCCUGA